GUGAUGAGUUGAAGGUCUGACACACUGUUGGUUUGAGCACCUCCUCGUUAUAUAUUUAAGAAGCCUUGAGCUCAUCAGAUCUAUUAACAAUGAGGCAAGCUGUUUUCAUCCUCACCACCACUGCCAUCAUCAUCGUCAUCAUCAACACUGGAGCAGUUUUGUCCAACCGGAAAAAAAACUCUGCUUAUAAACUGGACAUGGCACCGGAUUCUGUUGAUGACCAAUUUAUAGGCUGCGCUGAAGAAACUCACAAACUGAUAAUAGACAAGGUCCUUAAAGAAGAUUUAAUUAAAAGUAAAGAAUUCAACAAAUCUUGGAAUAAAUACUCAAACAUUACUGACAAUUUUACAAGAAUAAUAAAGGUCUACACCGAUCCACUGGGAGAUCUUUAUUCAAAAUUCAAUGCUGCUGUCAGUUCAGGAAAAAAACAUUACCCCAAAACAUUCAACUACACAGCCUUUCAUUUCUUGCUAACACGUGCCAUACAAAUUUAUAAAGUGCUGAGUUGUGUUGACGUUUUCCGUAGAACCAAUGUUGAUUUUAACAUACCAAAGAUUAAUGAUGUAAUGCGAUUUGGCAGGUUUGCAUCGACUUCAGUAAAAGAUGACAUGCACAAAAAAUUUGGCAGUAAAUCCUGUUUUAAGAUUAACACGUGCUUUGGUGCAAACAUAUCCAACAUUUCUAAGAUACCUGAUGAAGAAGAAGUGCUAGUCCCACCUUAUGAAAUAUUUAUUAUCAAAAACAUUGAAAAAAAACAGAUGAACUGCGAAGUCCUUUACACUCUAAAGAGUGUGGGAAAUUUUAGCUGUAUGGACUGCGAGCUGCUUAACCCCCCCCACCACCACCACCACAUUACCCCCACAUAGAAACAUGGGGUAAUGUGUUGAUGACAAAUGGUUAAGGUUUUUAUAGCACAACCACUAACAUGACUGGAUAAUUUAAGGCCAUGAUGUAAUGUGUUCUAAGCAUGUAUUAAUAUCAAUGAUAUACAUUAUUUGUUAUUACAUUAGAAAAUUGCUCAAUAAUAAUGACAGCACUGUAAUUUUAACCAUUUUGUCUGAGCUUUUGUUUUAAUGGAAUCUAGCAGCGCUUUGUAGUAUGGUACCAACUUACUGUCUGAAUGCUUUUCAAAUUAAAAUACUGGACCAUAUGGUGUGUCUUAAAAAAAUUGUCAUUUUUUAAUAUUUAUUUAUUUAUUUUAUGCCACAUUUCGUUCCACUGAGAAAACAAAAGUUCAAACUACUCUGUACAUAACUAUGAGUUAAGCAAUGAAAAGGUUCUGACUCCUGUAUGGUGGGGUCACUAUUCUGGACCAUGUAAAGAAAAGCACUCAGAAAACACAGAAAGCUGAUGUUUAGCAAGGAAAUGUGGGGUUUAGAGAAAAACACAAUGUCUUUGUGUAUUUGUCUCAUACAAUAAUCCCUAGGAUCAGUGAACUGACUUUUAAUUAAUAAUUAGUCUAUAAACUCAGACACAAUUUUGUGUUAGUUUCAUUGAUUAAAAAGAAAAAUGCUUUAGGGAAUUUUUUUUUAUUGAUGCUUCUAAGCUAUUUGUAACACAGUGAUAAUUAUUUAGAUGACAAUCAUUUGGUUUCCUCCUGAUCCCCCAUUUGAAUUAUAUUAAUUCCAAAUUUCAAAAUGUAGUUGACAUUAAUUGACCAAUUUGCAAGUAGCACAGCAUAAGCAAUGCACAUGGCACCAUCACACAUUGAUUUUUUUUUAUUUGAAUGUUUUUUUUUUGAAUGUUUCAAUGUUUUUUCAUUGAUUAAUUCUAUCUAUAUCUCGAUCUAUCAUGAUAUCUAUCUACGAUACCUCAAAAAGAUACCACGUGUAUGCAAGAAAAAAAAUCUAUUUAAAAUGAUGCAUAAUGUAAGUUGUUAUUUGAUUAUAUGGAUGGAUAGAUAAGUUGACAAGUGAUCUGUGUAUCUGCUCAGUUAGGAAACAUGAAUCCGGUGACUUUAAGACCCAGGGGUCGAACUCAGAGUGAAGAUUCCCUAUAGGUAUAUUCCCCAAAUGAUGCACACAGCCCACUGUAGACAAGGAAAGAUGAUAGUACAUGUGCAAAAGGGCUCAUAUUCACUUAACAGUGGCACAAAAGGAGAAUUCAAAAGCUUUUCUCAAAUCUACUAAUUAAUAUCAUGAAAGAGAGACAAAUAUUGGGUACAUGCAGGAGAAUUAUGUGUGA